AUGGCAUUCUACAUAUCGACCCUCAUAACAGGGGCAACUCUCGCCUUCCAGAUCUUCGUCGCCGCUACCGACAGCUUCUGCGGCCUGUCAGGUCAGGACUCUGUUGUGCGAGCAAUCCUCGCACCGCUCGACUCCGCGGCCGGAUUGCUUUUGGUCUUAGCACUCCUUCACUAUUUUGAGUUUAUACACAGUGGCUUCUUCUUCUAUCUCCCGCGCUGGACCCUGCUUCAUACUCCAGAAACCAUGCAAGCGGUUCCAAGUCUCGAGUUCCCUAUCCGCUCAGACUGGAGGCAGAUUGAGAAGCCAACGAGAAUAGCGCAGAUAAGGUGGCGGAGGACUCAUAACGAGGUUUGUAAGACGGCUUCGGAGUAA